AUGAGCACAUGGCAGGUCCCACCCACACUGAGAGCAUAUAAAAGGCCCUCUCUGCAGGCAGAACUCUACAGACUCAACUCACCUACACUCCCUCUCUACCCAAGAACAACCUCAACAACCAGCACCAUGUGUGGCUACUACGGAAACUACUAUGGAGGCAGAGGCUAUGGCUGCUGUGGCUGUGGAGGCCUGGGCUAUGGCUAUGGAGGCCUGGGCUAUGGCUAUGGAGGUCUGGGCUGUGGCUAUGGCUCCUGCUAUGGCUGUGGCUACCGUGGACUGGGCUGCGGCUACGGCUGUGGCUAUGGCUAUGGUUCACGCUCUCUCUGUGGCUGUGGCUAUGGAUAUGGCUCUGGCUAUGGAUCUGGAUUCGGCUACUACUACUGAAGACACCAUGGAAGACUCUCACCCUUUCCAACUCCAGUUCUGAUCCCCAUGUUUUCUGAACCUUCUUCUUAGAGAGUCUUAUUCAUAGUUUAAUGAUCUGACCUUGUUGAAGAUGUGCCCUUUAGUGUCCUUAUUGACAUUAUAUGAAUAUAAGAUAUAAGACCUGAGGCUUUUGCUUCUCUGUACUUGACUCCUGAGAACAAAGAGUGUUUAGAACUCACCCUAUGAACUUCCAUAUGUCUCUUAUCAGAAUACUGUCACAAGUUUUACAUUUUGAUUUUCCUCUCUUUUCCUAAUAAACUAAUUCAAUCUCA